AUGAACGCUCAGAAUGGAGAUAUCAGCUUAGAUUUCUUAAUGAGAAAAUCUCAGGAUGUUGCUGCCUUCCUUCCUGAUGAACUCUCUUACCUCCCAGAACCAUCGCGCUCGAAAGCGUAUCUCGUGCUCUCUGCGUUCUGUCAAGGAACGCGGUCGCAAAACCCUCAGGAGUCUGGAUCCAAAAACUCUGCCACGGAAACACUAGAGAAAGUUUUCCAGCAUCUCAUCAUCUCCCUUAUUGGACUCUCUUUCUUCUCUGCAUUAUUCCACGUCGACUGGCAGUCCGCUUCCUGUAUUUUCGCGCAAGAUGGCGUGGUCGAAUACGUGACAGAUGCCCUUGAUUUAUUUUCAUUAUCAGCUUCAGUUGCCUUAGAGGUCGCUCGUAUGAUCGGCCAGGCUAGUGGACACAAGGCAUGCCGGGCUCUGAUACCCGAGGAAAUUUCACCAGCAGCCAUUGCCCUCGUAAAAUUAUCUCGAGGGACGGCAACGGAUGCCACAGAAGGCGCAGAUGCGUCUCAGGCAACGCAAUCUACCUCCAAGGAUAUGGAGCUAGCCAAUCUGCUGAAAGGAAUGGUCAUCAGUGACAAGGACUCUCUAUCCUCCCUCAAUGACGUCGUUGAAGGCCUUGCCUACCUCAGUGUUGACCCAGACGUCAAACAUGCCCUGGCGAAUGAUCCUAAGUUCUUGCAGCAGCUCUUUACACUUGUCCCUAGACGUAAGCCACCGCCAACAUCUACCAGUAAUUCUAGCCUCCUCUUUGGCAUCCUUCUUAUCAUAUCCAACCUCUGUGCCUACCGUCCUCGCCUCAGUCAGGAAGACGCGCAGGUAGCUAAGCUGAAACGCAUGGCUAAAGCUGGAAAUGGAUCCAACAGGACGAUGUCCGAGGAACCGCUAAAUGCAUUGGAAGAUGAUGUUGCGGUUAGGUCCAGAUGCCGUCAAGUUCUUGCAAGUGGCGCCCUUGAUGUUUUGUCUGCGGCUUCUGGUGUAGAGAGCCAAGGCAUCAGACUUGCAUUGGGUAAAAUCUACCUGAGCAUCGUGGAGGACAAAGAUAACAGAGGCAAGGUCCUCCAGAGCGGAGGUGCACGGAGUCUUUCUCGUGUUAUACAGUCCUCUACAUCAACAUCUACACCGAUUGAUACCUCUCUUCUCCCUGCGAUCCAAGCUUUAGCGAAAUUGACCAUCACGUCUUCUCCCCUUCAAGUCUUCGGGCCCGAUGACGGCGCUAUGCUUGAUGCAAUACGGCCCCUGUCACAACUGCUGCUCCAUCCAUCUUCAAACCUCCUACAACAAUUCGAAGCCUUAAUGGCCUUAACAAAUCUUGCUUCACAGAGCACAGGGUGUGCCGAUCGCAUCUAUAGCACCCCGCACCUUCUCAACAAAGUUGAGCUCCUCAUGCUAGAGGAGCAUACACUCAUCCGUCGGGCAGCCACCGAGCUGAUAUGUAAUCUUAUUGGGGGUUCGGAGAAGGCAUUUUUGAGGUAUGGUGGUUCUCCGGAUGUCCAUGCAACAAAGUCCAAAUUACAAGUACUUCUUGCGAUGUCGGACAUGGAUGAUCUCCCAACGAGACUCGCUGCAUCCGGUGCUUUGGCAACCGUGACCAGCGUGUCUACUGCUUGUCAGGCAGUAUUUGAACUCCAGUUGGAUCGUCACCGAGCAUUUUCAAUUAUUGCACGUCUUAUCGACCCAUCUGUAACUCUGGAGGACGACGACCCCGAUGACGACCAAACAGCCGGAAAUCCAGGGCUUGUACAUCGUGGAGUCGCUAUAUCUAAGAAGGCGGGCAAGAAGACUGCUCCGAAGUCAGCUGGGGUGACUAAAGUUGCCAAGGCAGAUUGGAAAGAGGGAUUUAAAAAGAAACAAGCCGGAGUAUCCGAUAUGACGCUUCUGACAACUAUUGAUGAGAAUAACAUCAACAACAACCUUCAGAAGCGUUGGACUGCCGGAGAGAUCUACACUUACAUCGGCGGCGUAUUAAUAUCCGUGAACCCUUUUAAAGAUCUAGGAAUCUAUACAGAUGAAACCCUUCAGAAGUACAAGGGCAAGAAUCGACUCGAAGUUCCCCCACAUGUAUUCAGCAUCGCAGAAUCCGCAUACUAUAACAUGAAUGCAUACCACGAAAACCAAUGCGUCAUUAUAUCCGGCGAGUCUGGUGCUGGAAAGACCGAGGCUGCCAAACGCAUCAUGCAAUACAUCGCGGCUGUAUCAGGAGGGGAGGAUAGCAGUAUACAGGAGAUAAAAGAAAUGGUAUUGGCCACCAAUCCUCUAUUGGAGAGUUUUGGUUGUGCAAAGACUCUUCGCAAUAAUAAUUCAAGUCGUCAUGGUAAAUAUCUGGAGAUCAUGUUCAAUACCCACGGCGAGCCGAUCGGGGCCCAGAUAACGAAUUAUCUCCUUGAGAAAGGCCGAGUGGUAGGGCAGUUAGAGAACGAGCGCAAUUUCCACAUCUUCUAUCAGUUCACAAAGGCUGCUUCAGAUGAGCAGCGAGAGCAAUUCGGGUUACAGGGUCCAGAUGCAUACGAAUAUAUCAGCAGAAGCAAUUGCCUCGAGGUUCAGGGCAUCGACGACUCAAACGACUAUGCGGAUACCCUGAACGCCAUGGGAGUCAUUGGCCUCAGUAAUCAGGAGCAGAACGAAAUUUUUCGGAUGCUCGCAGCCAUUUUAUGGUUGGGGAACGUCAGAUUUGAGGAGAUGGAUGAUGGAAAUUCGGCCAUCUCUGACACUGGAAUAACAGAUUUUAUUGCGUACCUCAUAGAAGUAGAUUCGGCGAUGGUUCAGAAGGUUCUGACGUCAAGAGUCGUUGAAACUCAGCGAGGGGGACGACGAGGUUCUGUUUACGACGUUCCCCUGAAUCCUGCACAAGCAACCGCUGGAAGGGACGCACUUGCAAAAGCGAUUUACAAUAAUCUCUUCGAGUGGAUUGUUUCGAGAAUCAAUGUGUCGAUGAAGGCUCGAAGUGCCUCGGCGCAAGUCAUUGGUAUCCUGGAUAUCUUUGGUUUCGAAAUUUUCGAGGAUAAUUCUUUCGAGCAAUUAUGCAUAAACUAUGUCAACGAGAAACUUCAGCAGAUUUUUAUCGAAUUAACACUCAAGACUGAACAGGAGGAGUAUGUCAGGGAGCAGAUUAAGUGGAAUCCCAUCAAAUACUUCAACAACAAGAUUGUCUGUGACCUCAUUGAAGAGCGCAAACCCCCUGGAAUAUUCGCUGCUUUAAACGACGCUUGCGCAACAGCGCAUGCCGAUCCAGCUGCGGCAGAUAACAGUUUCGUCCAGCGUACGGCCAUGCUAUCUUCCAAUGCCCACUUCGAAGCCCGGGGAUCUCAGUUUCUGGUUCGUCACUACGCCGGAGAUGUCAUGUACAACAUCGCGGGCAUGACAGACAAGAACAAGGACGCACUAGUGAAGGAUCUUUUCGAUUUGGUUGGUAGCAGCGGCAACCAGUUCCUUCAGACAUUGUUCUCCGACAGACCCGAUCCCUCAAGCAAGAAGAGACCGCCGACUGCUGGUGAUAGGAUCAAGGCGUCGGCAGGUGCUCUGGUGGAUAAUUUGAUGAAAGCUCAGCCUUCUUAUAUCCGAACAAUCAAACCAAACCAGAACCGUAGCCCGACUGAAUAUGACACAAAGGCCAUCUUGCAUCAAAUCAAAUACCUUGGAUUACAGGAAAAUAUUCGUGUACGUCGCGCGGGAUUUGCGUAUAGGAACACCUUCGAAAAAAUGGUGGAACGCUUCUACCUUUUGUCGCCUUCAACGUCAUACGCUGGUGAAUAUACAUGGCAGGGAGAUGCGAAAUCUGGUUGUGAAAAAAUUCUCAAAGAUACGGGGAUAGCCAAAGAUGAAUGGCAGAUGGGGGUUACAAAGGCUUUUAUCAAGAAUCCCGAAACACUAUUUGCCUUAGAGACUAUGCGUGAUCGUUACUGGCAUAACAUGGCAGCACGUAUCCAGCGAGCCUGGAGAAACUAUUGGCGCUAUAAGAAUGAGUGCGCUAGACGCAUUCAGAGGUUCUGGAAGAACAACAAAGAAGCCCUUGAAUAUGCCAAAGUCCGCGACUACGGUCAUCGCGUAUUGGCAGGAAGAAAAGAACGCAGACGUUACAGUCUCCUCAGCUAUCGCCGUUUUCUGGGCGACUAUCUUGAUGUCAAUGGCCAGAACAUCGUUGGAUCUGACCUUCGCUCCGCCUGUGGUCUUGGUACGGAGCAGGCCACAUUCAGCUCAAGAGUGCAAAUAUUAGUGUCCAAAUGGCUUCAGUCCAGCAAACCUAGCCCUCGUUUCCUUGUAGUGACUGCAAAAGCUGUGUACAUCGCUGCAACUUCUCAGAAGGAUGGUAUCUCGCUUGAACGCAAAAUUCCCUUGGUAACUAUCAAAAGUAUAUCGAUGUCUAAUUUAAGGGAUGAUUGGCUGGCAUUGAAUUGUAAUGCCUCUGAAGAGGGUGAUCCGAUUCUUCACUGCUAUUUCAAGACGGAGUUGACCGCGAAUCUUCUUACGCUCACGCAAGCUAGUAUCAGCGUCUUGAUUGGCCCGUCGAUCGAAUAUGCGAAAAAGAAGGACAAGAAGGCACAGAUCCAAUUUGUCAGAGACGAGACGAUCGCAAAAGAUGAUGUAUACAAGAGCCACUCUGUGCAUGUCCCGUCUGGCGAACCUUCAUCGAGUACCUCUCGACCUGCUGCAAGAAGAAAACCUGGUAUUGUUAGACCCAUCACUCAAGGAAAGCUCCUUCGCGCUGGCGGCCCCUCAGAUAAGGGAAAGACUUCCAGGCCGAAGCCAGCCGCCCAACCACUACCAGGGAAAUCUGCACAAUUUGCUGCCGUCAGGCCAACACCGGUGGCGCCUAAGUCAGCCCCCGCGCCUUCUACUCCUAUUUCAGUUCCGCCGCCACCGCCGCCGCCGCCGCACAAAGAGCCCGAGGCAGAGUUAUACAAGGCAAAGUUCGCUUUCGAGGGUCAAGAAGGCGAGAUAUCUUUGAAGAAGGAUGAUACCGUGGAACUGGUAGAGAAGGACGAGAAUGGGUGGUGGCUUGUAAGGAAGGACGGGCAAGAGGGCUGGGCCCCAAACAAUUACCUGGAACUUAUACCGCCAAAACCUAAAGCGGCGCCUGCCGCACGUUCCCCUCCACCUCGACCACCACCACCACCUUCAGCUCCGCUAGCAGUCGCUGCCGCUCCUAUCCCUGCUUCCUCAGCUUCAAAACCAACUGUUUCGAUCGUGUCUGUGAAGUCAUUGGCAGCGGAUGCGUCGGCUAAGCCCGUGGCUGUUUUCCCUGGCCUUGCGCCAUCAAAUGGCUCCGCAGUGCCCUGGAAGAAGUCUGCAGUUGUGUCAGCUAAUGGGUCAUCGAGCAGUACGCCUGCAAGCUCCCGCCCUUCGAGUUCAUUAGGAGUAAAACCCCCUCCAGUUGCCCCCAAACCUAAACCUGUACCACCACCUGUCGCAUCGAAGCCAAGCGGCGGCAAGCCAUCUCCUAAACCACCUAUACCCACAGCCCCGCGACCAGGUGCCGGCGUUGCGCCACCGAAGGUCUCUAAACCUAGUGCACCUGCUGGUCAGAUGGACUUGGCUGCUGCGCUCGCGAAGCGUGCACAGAAGAUAGCCGAUGAGUGA